AUGGGUUCCGCCGGCCCCAAGUAUGAUCCCAAGUUCACACAGCACGUCAUUGACGCGACUGGGCCCAAGACCAGCCCACGCAUUAGAGAGGUUAUUAGCAGCUUGACCCGCCAUCUACAUGACUGGGCGAGGGAAGUCGACCUGACCGCGGAUGAGUGGAUGGAGGGUGUCAAUAUGAUCAAUUGGGCUGGUCGAAUGUCGGACGAGAAGCGAAAUGAAGGCCAGCUGAUGUGUGACGUUCUUGGUAUUGAGUCCCUGGUGGACGAGAUCACUUACAAGAAAGCUGCUGAGGCCGCCGAUGUGGCCACUCAGAGCGCGAUUCUCGGUCCCUUCUUCCGCCAUGACCAUCCGACCCUCCCCAAGGGCGCCAACAUUUCCCACGACACCCCGUCCGAUGCCGAGCCUGUAUAUAUGUACGGCAGGGUGACCUGUGCAAAGACGGGCAAGGCUCUGGCUGGCGCAACAAUCGAUGUGUGGCAGGCUUCCACAAAUGGCUACUAUGAGCAACAAGAUCCCAACCAGAAGGACCUCAACCUGCGGGGCAAGUUUGUGACGGACGAGAAUGGCGAAUACGGCUUCUACUGCAUUCGGCCGACGCCAUAUCCCAUACCCUUCGAUGGUCCUGCCGGCAAGCUCCUGCAGCUGCUGGACCGUCACCCAUACCGACCUGCCCAUAUUCAUCUGAUUGUACUGGUCGAGGGUUUCAAGCCAAUCACUACUCAGAUCUUUGACAAGGAUAGCAAAUAUCUAGACGAUGACUCCGUGUUCGCUGUGAAGGAUUCUUUGGUCGUCGAGUUUGUGCCUCUCGAAGGUGAUUCGACCGCGAAGAAGCAGCUGCAGUACGACGUCCGCAUGGCUCCCCUCGACUCCAAAGCGCAGGGCACUGAGCUGGCGACGAGUGGAUCGAUCAACGCGUAA